AUGCCGUGGCCACAACCGCCACUGGCACCUCCGGCAGUUCUCAUGCGGAAACCUCUGAUGCGUAUUCCCUACACAGACAUUCUAGCACCGCCCACCAUCGUCCCGGCCUCCGCUUCGACCUUCCAAGGUGCGCUCGCUGCUCUGGUCAGCUUCUUCCAGGCGCCGCCUCGACCCGGCCUUCCCGACUCGACCGUCCUUCUCACGGGAGCUGGCCUUUCGGUUGCUUCUGGUCUUGCAGACUACCGCGGUGUCAAGGGCACCUACAGGGUGAACAAGACGUAUCGCCCCAUCUAUCACUACGAAUUCGUCAGCAGUCAUGAGGCACGCAAGAGGUACUGGGCACGGAGCUUUCUUGGCUGGUCAACCCUGCACAAGGCGACGCCCAACGCGGGUCACUAUGCAAUCCGAGAUCUCGGCGGCUUGGGAUUGAUUCGAAGUGUUAUUACACAGAAUGUGGACUCGUUCCAUCCCAACGCCCACCCGCAAACACCAUCCAUUGAGCUACACGGCUACCUGAGAUCUACUGUCUGCACGAGCUGCAUGACUGAAUUUUCUCGAGACGAGUUUCAGCGGCAGCUGGCUCGUCUGAACCCGCGGUGGGCCGCCCUCCUACGCGAGGCUAUGGCUUCUGGUGCCUUGGAUACCGAGUCAACGGAGGAGCGGAGAUUCAAGGGCCUAAAGACCAACCCCGAUGGCGAUGUCGACCUCCCAGAAGCACCAUAUACAACCUUUAGAUAUCCACCCUGUCCGAAAUGUCUAGCUGAUCCCCCAGACGAUGCCAGUGGCCAUAAGCACGUGGUCCAAGUUGAUUCGGACGGGGCCUGGGCGGCACCAAGUACUGCUGGUAUCCUCAAGCCAGCGGUUGUCAUGUUCGGGGAGAGCAUUGCCAGCCGCGUGAAAGUGGCUUCGGAGGAUGCCAUCGACGGUGCUGGCAGACUACUGGUUCUAGGGACGUCUCUCGCAACAUAUUCUGCCUGGCGGCUGGCUAAGCGAGCCAAAGAUCGAGGAAUGCCCAUAGCCAUUGUAAACAUGGGCGGCGUAAGAGGAGAGGACCACUUCUUCGCGGAUCUGGAUCCACGACAAGAGGGUGAAGAGGGAGUCAGAGUUGAACUCUCGACGGACCAGCUGCUUCCGGGCCUGGUUUCUCGACUGCGACAGACUGGAGUGGCAGCCUGCCGCCGCCCGUCCGCGGCAGUAUCCCUGGAGAACUCGACCGUCUUCAAGGACAUGCUGUCUUGA